AAGUUGCACAAAUCAGAGAUCUGAAAGCCCAAAAGCCAAUUCCUGACCUAUAUAAGAAGAGAAGGCGCAUUACACACACAACUCGCAGAUCAGAUAAAAAAUGGAGUUCCCAUACAGCCACCACUCUCACUCCUCCCACCACCGCAGGGAAGAAAGAGACGAAGAGUACCCACCACCAGCGCCACCCUCCUUCGACGGGCCUCCACCACGACAUCCGCCGUCAUAUUACGAACCACCGCCACCAAAUGUGUAUGGAGGCGGACCAGGAGGACCAGGAGAACCAUACCAUCAUCAUUCUCAGCCACCACCACCACCCAAUUACUCUCAUCAAGGUUAUCCUCCACAACAGCCUGGUUAUUAUUCAUCAUCCGAGCCUGCAGUCAAUGUCCAACAUGUGGCUCAUGAAGAUGAAGCUGAUCGGCAUCACCAUCGUCCCCAUAUGCCCUCUUUCAUGCACCACCACGACCAACGAAAGCUCUCCGAAUUGGUUGGAAAACCAACUGUUAGGGUUGUCACCAAAGCAGAGAGUAAUUUCUCUCUCACUAUCCGUGACGGCCAGGUCAUCCUUGCCCGCUCCAAUCACUCCGAUCCUUUCCAGCACUGGAUCAAAGAUGAGAAGUUCAGUACAAGAGUGAAGGAUGAAGAGGGCUUUCCCAGCUUUGCUCUGGUCAAUAAGGCCACUGGUCAGGCUAUCAAGCACUCCGUCGGAGCUACUCAACCUGUGCAACUGAUAGAUUACAACCCGGAUGUUCUUGAUGAGUCGGUCCUAUGGACCGAGAGCAGGGAUUUGGGUGAUGGUCAUAGAACAAUAAGGAUGGUUAAUAACAUUCGCCUCAAUGUCGAUGCUUUUAAUGGUGAUAAAAAUCAUGGAGGUGUUCACGAUGGCACUACUAUUGUUCUUUGGGAGUGGAAGAAGGGCGACAAUCAGCGUUGGAAGAUCAUUCCCUACUGAUAUUAUGGAGUUCCCAGGUCUGGAAAUGUUGUUUUGUGCUGCUUCUACAUAAUACUAUGGAAGAGAUUGCUGUGCAUUCUCUUUGUGAGUAGUUUGUGUUUGUUUGCUAUGUUGUGUGUGAAAAUCUGUGGUUGGUCAAGAUUUCCGCUACUCUGCUAUUGCACCUACUUGUUUAUGGAUUGUUAUAUGAUCUCUUGGCUUUAUCUAUAGCCAAGAAAAUAAAAAAAAAGAGUGGAAAACAUAUGUUAUUUAAUCUGAUGCAGCGAGAACUUUGAUGUGUACUACAUAUUUUCUGACAUAUAUAUUUAUAUGUGAUCUAUCUAUCUUUCUUUAUAUA